AUGCCGAAAGUUGUCUGGACCUCAGAGAAUGAUCGUAGGCUUCUCAUUCGUCUCAUCGAGCGCUCUGCAAAAUCUUAUGACACCGUGGAAUUAUGCAAAAUCUUCCCAGGAGCAACCCCUAAAGCCAUCGAGGAAAGGAUAGCAAAGCUCAAACGGGAGGCUAAGGCUAUGGACCACCCCAAGCCGAGAAACCAUCCAAAGGGGAAGAGUGGCCCGAAGAAACGACCGCCUCCAAUAGUUCCUAAGGAGGAAGAAGGUGCAGUGAAGAAGAUUAAGACGGCAGAGGAUGAGGAUGACAGUACUGAGCUUGGAGGUGCCGAUGUCGACAUUGGUGGAACUGCUGAUGAUGUCGUCGACAACGGCGAGGCAAUUGAUACCAAUAAUAGCAUUGGGGCCAACGACGGCAUUGACAAUAACGAUGGCAUAUUCACAAACGAUGGCAUAGAUAUCAACGGUGGCAUUGAUGCUGUCAAUGGCAUCAACACUAGUGAUAGUAUUGAUGCUGUAGAUGAUACAGUAGCUGUAGACGACCUACUCGUGGCGAAGGUGGAAGGGGAGGACGAAGAAGCGCUAUCGGACCGUUCGCUUUAUAGCGAGCAACUGGCUUCGAGUCCGAUCCAAGCGUCGACCCAAUCGGUGGUGGCCAUGGGGGUGAAGCGUGAGGUUGAGUCGAACGAUGAUACGGAAUCUGAACCGGAAUAUGCGCAGGAAGGUGAUCAGGAAGAUGAUCAGGAGGAGCCGGAGCCGGAGCCGGAGCUGGACGCCAAUGAUGAUGUAGAAUCGGAAUCUGAAUCGGUAGCCGAGGACCCUGAUUACCAGGAUGAUGCUUUUGUUAAGUCGGAGCUAGACUCUGACGCGGAUUCUGAGUUUAUGUAG